AUGAAGAUCCCGCAGAAGAUUCAGGCGGCAUUAGAUGAGGGAAGGAAGGUAUUCUCGUUCGAGUACUUCCCUCCCAAGACCGCGGAUGGCGUGGAGAAUCUCUUCGAUCGCAUGGAUCGCAUGGUCGCGUACCAGCCUGCAUUCUGCGACAUCACGUGGGGAGCAGGCGGAUCGACGGCGGAUCUCACCCUAGAGAUCGCCACUCGCAUGCAGAACAAUAUCUGCGUGGAGACGUCGAUGCAUCUGACGUGCACCAACAUGCCCGUGGAGCGCAUCGACCACGCGCUGGAGCACAUCAAGGCCGCCGGCCUGCAGAACGUGCUCGCGCUGCGCGGCGACCCCCCGCACGGCCAGGACAAGUUCGUCGCGGCGGAGGGCGGCUUCUCUUGCGCGCUCGACUUGGUGAAGCACAUUCGCGCCAAGUAUGGCGACUAUUUCGGCAUCACGGUUGCUGGAUAUCCAGAGGCGCAUCCUGACGCCAUCAGCGGCCCUGACGGUGCGACGCCAGAGGAGUAUCAGAAGGACCUGGAGUACCUCAAGGCCAAGAUGGAUGCGGGCGCGGACCUGAUAGUGACGCAGCUGUUCUACGAUGUGGACAUCUUCCUCAAGUUCGUGGCGGACUGCCGGGCCAUGGGAGUGAGCGAGCCCAUCAUCCCUGGCAUCAUGCCCAUCACCACGUACGGCGGCUUCAAGCGCAUGACCGCCUUCUGCAAGACCAAGGUUCCCCAGAGCAUUCUGGACGCGUUGGAGCCGAUAAAGGAUAACGAGGAGGCUGUUAGGGCGUACGGCAUCCAACAAGGCACGGAGAUGUGCCGGCGCAUCCUGGAUGCGGGCAUCCACACCCUCCACAUGUACACGCUCAACCAGGACAAGACCACCAUCGCCAUCCUCAAGAACCUGGGUCUGAUAGAGGCGUCCAACAUCCCUCGCACGCUGCCAUGGCGGCCAGCCACCAACAUCGUCCGAUGCACAGAGGACGUGCGCCCCAUCUACUGGUCCCUGCGUCCCAAGAGCUACCUGGCGCGCACGGCAGCGUGGACCAAGUUCCCCUCUGGCCGCCUGGGCCCUGCAGAGGCGCUGUCGUACAGCGACCUGCCCGCCAAGCACAGGGCGUUCCUCAAGAGGAAGUCGCGGGCUACUGCGCUCGCCAGGGACUGGGCUGUGCCUGUUGCAUCGACAGAGGACGUGAAGCAGCUCUUUGCUCGGUUUGUGAGUGGCGAGGUGAGCAGCUUCCCCUGGAGCGAGGCAGUGGAGGCGUCUCUCUCUGCGGACUCGGCCCCCAUCAGUGCUCAGCUGCAGGAGCUGAACGCCGCUGGGCUGCUCACCAUCAACAGCCAGCCUGCUGUCAAUGGAGCCAAGUCCGACGACCCUGUUCUCGGGUGGGGAGGCCCUGGGGGGUACAUCUACCAGAAGGCAUAUGUGGAGUGCUGUGCCCCACACGACAAGGUCACCACUCUCCUCGAGAAGGCCAAGGCCACGCCCUCCAUCUCCCUCAUGGCUGUCAACUCGCCUUGUUUCCUUCCAGGCUGGGGAGGCCCCGGCGGGUACAUCUACCAGAAGGCGUAUGUCGAGUGCUUCGCGCCGCACGACAAGGUCACUACUCUCCUCGAGAAGGCCAAAGCCACGCCCUCCAUCUCCCUCAUGGCGGUCAACUCGCAAGGCCACGUGCUCGCCACCGGCCCCCGCUGGGGAGGACCCGGGGGGUACAUCUACCAGAAGGCGUAUGUCGAGUGCUUCGCGCCGCACGACAAGGUCACUACUCUCCUCGAGAAGGCCAAAGCCACCCCCUCCAUCUCCCUCAUGGCGGUCAACUCGCAAGGCCACGUGCUCGCCACCGGCCCCGGCACACCCGCUUCCACCACGCCGUUCUCUGCGAACGCGGUCACGUGGGGGGUGUUUCCGGGGAGGGAGGUGGUGCAGCCGACGGUGGCGGAUUUCAUGUCGUUCCUGGCGUGGAAGGAAGAGGCGUUUGGCGCGUGGGUGGAGGAUUGGGCAGGGCUUUACAAGGAGGAGGACGAGGAGGGCACACCGGUGGCCAAGAAACUCCUCCAAGAGGAGCGAGGGCAAGGGAGGGAGGUGGUGCAGCCUACGGUGGCGGAUUUCUUGUCAUUCCUGGCGUGGAAGGAGGAGGCGUUUGGCGCGUGGGUGGAUGACUGGGCGGGGCUUUACAAGGAGGAGGAUGAGGGCAUGCCAGUCGCUAAGAUGCUGCUGCAGGAGGUGAGAGAGAGGCGCGUGCAUGGGGUGAGGGAGGAAGGGAAGGGUACAAGAGGGAGGGAGGUGGUGGAGCCGACAGUGGCGGAUUUUAUGUCGUUCCUGGCGGGGAAGGCGUUUGGCGCGUGGGUGGACGACUCGGCGGGGCUUUACAAGGAGGAGGAUGAGGAGGGCACACCGGUGGCCAGGAAGCUCCUCCAAGAGCCACCACCAAUGAAUUUACGCUUUGUUCCCAUAUCCGCUCUAACGGGAUCCUCUCCCCAAGGGGAUCGAGGUGGCGAGAGCGGCUCGGCGCGCUUUGAAGGCUUAGGCAAGAGCGCCAUCAGCUGCAGUAGAGGCGCUAGUAACAGCGACAUCUCCGGCAGCAUUUGCGAAGGAAUUUCCGGCGGGAUUUACGGAGGUCAUGCGACGGGCACGAGGCGGAUUAACACGCGCGCGCCCGCGCCGCCGCCGGUUUUUACCGGCGAGCAGUGGACGACGGCGCACGCGUUCACGGCUGCUGAGGUGGCAGCGUUCGCGCACAUGACGGGCGAUCUGAACCCCAUCCACCUAGACGCGCGCGCGGCGGAGGCGGCGGGAUUCGCGGAGUGCGUGGUGCACGGGAUCCUGGCCGCGAGCUUGUUCCCCGCUCUCAUCGCGAAACACCAUCCAGGUGCCAUCUACGUGUCACAGACGCUGCGCUUCCUGGCGCCCGUGCAUGUGGGCGAGCAGGUGACGGCCACAGUGGAGGCGAUUUCUGUUGUCGCACACCGACACAGAUUCAGAGUCACAUUCGCAUCCAAGGCAUUCAAAACGCCGCGUGUCACACCAGCAGCAGCAGCGGAUGCGGCAACAUCGGGGGAUGUAGCCCCGCCCAGGCCUGUGCUGGCAUUAGAUGGCAUUGCAGUCGCCAUCAUUCCUCCUCUCAGCAACGACCCACCCAAGCCCAUGGAGUGUAGAGACGACUUGUUGCGUACUGGUUUGCAGUCACUGUAG